AUGAAUAAACAAGGAACAAAAAUCUGUCAAGAAUGUCAGCAGGAAAUAAAUGAAAAAAAAUUAAAAGAGAAAUGGCAAAAAGAAAUAGUUAGGCUAUAUCAGAGCAGUGGUCAAAAUAAAGAUAUAGAUAAAAAUAGUAGUGAAGUUAUUGAAAGAGUAUAUGCUUGGAAAACUGAGGGAGACAACCAAAAUAAUCUGAGCACGGAAUUUG